AUGCUUACACCCCCAGACAACCCGUAUGGACCGCCGCCAACGUUCGGCGGUUAUCCUGGUGCCGCCGGCGCCGGUGCCCCAGGCAUGGCUCCCCCGCCCGGUCUAGGUAUGUCAUGUCGCGACGCACCUCACCUCCAGCUACUGACCACUGCAGGCCCUCCGCCAGGCAUGUCUUCCGCUCCGGGAUUGGCGCCACCACCUGGUGUCCAGCAGUCCAACAACGCUCAAGCUAACCGACAAAGCGGCCUCCCGCCGAACUUCCAAGCUCCGAACAUCCCCAACAACUUUGACUUCAGCGCACCCGUGAUCCGACUCUCUGCACUGGGCGGUAAGCCGGGGCCUCAGGGUGACGGCGGUCGCAAGGAUAGCAGCGCUCCUUCCUCGGGGAGGCCGGGCCUGGGCAUGGACAGGCGGGACGACCAGUCGAGGAACGCCGCCAGGGACAACAUCCAGUCGCUCGUGCCGCCUACCAACGAGGAGAGACUGCGCACCAUCUUCAUACACAAGAUCCCCGAAGGACUCGGCGCGGACAAGAACAUUGAGCGUCUGCUCAACUCGGUCGGAAGACUGCGCAGGUGGGGACUCAGCGGCAUCACAACUGUCCGGAUGGCAAGGGAGCCAAGUUCGGCUUCGCGCAAUACGACAGACCCCAACUCGUUCGCCACGGCCGCCGAACAUUCUCCAAGACACGCCAUUCAAGCCCCAGCGGAGAAGUCGCCACGCAAUAGCCACCAGAAAGAAGGUCACGUCGCCCCCAUUCCGCUGGCACCGCCCAUGAGCUUCCCCCCAUUCCGGGUGAAAAGCGCGAGGUCCGGCGGCCGAGAUUGCAGCGCCCGUGGCCCCAGCAUCAGGCGCGACAUGGAGCGUUUUACGAGAGAGGAGGAAAUGGAAGAGGCAGAGCGACAUAGGAACAACCCUCAACACCGGUCUCGGCUCGACACGCCCCCUCCAGAUGCCUCCUCCGGCUCCCGAGGUCCGCACAACGCGCCGUCCGGCCCGAGGGGCACCAAUGGCACCCGUUCAGUGUCAUUCGUCAACGGGGGCGUUGCCAAUGCCGAGUACUCUAUCAACCGCGAGGACGAGGAGAGCGACGCUGACGACGAAGAGCUGUAUCGAAGGCAUCUCAACAAGCAGAAGGAAGACGACGAAAAUCUGUACACAGAGGCGGAGCGUAAAUGGUUCAACCGAGAGCGCUCUCGACAAGCAGCCCUGGAGCGCGAGCGUGACCGCGAGCAGCAGGAGGAAGAAACCUUUGAGCGACGAAGGGACGAACAGCUCGAGCGAGAGAAGGCCUGGGACGAUGAGCGGGAGGCGUCUCGAAAGAGCCACCCAUUCUACCGCGACCACGCCGCAUGGGUACGCAAGCGACAGAUGGACCGGGCCGACGAGGCAGCCAGGGACGACAAUGACAGGCGUGCCGAGGCUGACGAGAAACGGAGGGAGGCAGCGGACAACGAACACGCCCGCGGCAUGGCCGACUCAUUCCUCGACAGGCAGGCGCAGGAGCUGGAGCAACGGCAGCAAGCGACGGCCGCGGCACCGGCGCCAUUCAAGCUCUCGCUCGGCGCGGCGGCGCAGCGCAACCAGCAGAAGGCGGCCUCCAACAGGCGCACGAUUGCUGAAGUGGAAGGCCUGCUCGAUGACGAGGAGCAGGACGGCACGGCGAAGCGACAGCUCAUUCCGAUCCAGUUCGAGCCGACGACGGCGGCGGAUAAGAUGACGGAAGAGGAGCUCAGCAAGGCGGUGCGCGCUCUGGCGCAGGAGAUUCCAUCGGAGAAGGAGGGCCUGUGGAAGUGGGACGUGCAGUGGGAACACCUCGACGACAGCAUCAUUCGCGAGAAGCUGCGGCCGUUCGUGGAGAAGAAGAUUGUCGAGUACCUGGGUGUGCAGGAGGAGCUUUUGGUCGAGGUCGUCGAGGAGCAUCUGCGGAAGCACGGCAAGCCAGAGGACCUAGUGGAGGAGCUACGCGGGGCCCUGGACGACGAAGCAGAAGACAUGGCCAAGAAGCUUUGGCGCAUGGUCAUCUUCUUCACCGAGAGCGAGAAGCGCGGGUAUCCUGCUUAG